AUGGAAGCGGAUCUUGACUUGAAGAUGAAGGAGGACCCACAGCUGGCCGAGACGAAUGUCCAAGACGGCCAAAUCGAUAGUGGGGAAGGCUCCAUCGGAACGGCCCUGUUCGUCACUAUCGGCAAUGGCCUCGCGGCGGGUGGCCCAGCCAGUCUGCUCAUUGCCUACGUUCUGUAUUGUGGAGUACUCGCGUGUAUCAACAAUUGUCUCUCGGAAAUGAUAGUCCUGCAUCCUGUGUCGGGUGGCUUCAUCCGUCUCGCUGGCAAGUGGGUGGAUGACGCCCUCGGUUUCAUGGUCGGGUGGAAUUUCUUCCUCUACGAAUCUCUCAUGAUCCCCUUCGAGAUAACCGCCAUCAACCUGAUCCUAAGCUAUUGGAGAGACGAUAUUCCGGUCGCCGCCGUCUGUGCGGCGUCGACUUUUGUAACAUAUUCUGCCAAACAUACUCCCCUUGCUAUCAAUGCUCUCGCCGUCGCGGCGUACGGGGAGGCCGAGUUCUGGCUCUCCUCCGGGAAGGUCUUACUGAUCUUCUUGCUAUUUUUCUUUACCUUCGUUACCAUGGUUGGUGGUAACCCGGCUCACGAUGCGUACGGUUUUCGUUAUUGGAGCGAUCCAGGUCCCUUUGCCGAGCAUCGAACUGCCGGUAGUCUAGGUCGUUUUGAGGGCUUCCUGGCUGCCGUUUGGUCCGCUGCUUUCUGCAUUGUUGGGCCCGAGUAUAUAGCAAUGGCCGCUGCCGAGGCCAAACGCCCUCGGAUCUUUGUGAAGGCGGCCUUUAAAACCAUCUAUUGGCGGUUUGGUUUAUUCUUUGCUCUCGGUGCCCUGUGUGUCGGUAUCGUGCUUCCGUGGAACGACCGACUCUGCAAGCCAUUCUUGCUGAGCAGUGAGAAAGGAGGUGGCGCUUCUCCCUAUGUCAUCGCCAUGUCGAAUUUAAAAGUCCGCAUCUUGCCCGACCUCGUCAAUGCCCUACUUAUCACGUCGGUAUUCUCUGCGGGCAAUACCCUCACAUACUGCGCCACUCGUUCCCUCUACGGUAUGGCCCUCGACGGCCGAGCACCUAAAGUCUUGAGCAAGACGAAGAACGGUGUCCCUAUUUACGCUUUCCUCAUCGUCAUCUGCUUUCCAUUCCUGUCUUUCCUGCAGCUAUCCGACAACUCGUCACAAGUGUUAACAUGGUUAGUCAACUUGGUUACGGCCGGUGCCCUCAUUGACUAUCUAGUCAUAUGUAUCACGUACAUCCAGUUCCACCGAGCAUGCAAAGCACAAGGCAUUGACCGAAAGACCUUCCCGUACUACGGCUACUUUCAGCCGUACUGCUCCUACAUCGGUGCGGUAUGUAUGGUCCUGGUCUUGCUCUUCUACGGGUAUACCGCGUUCGCGCCGUGGAGUGUGGAGGUUUUCUUCCAGAAUUAUACCAUGCAGCUUAUCGCCCCCAUUCUGUAUUUCGGUUGGAAGCUCGCUCACCGGACGAGAAUACUCAAACCAAGGGAUAUCGACUUAGUAUGGGAUCGACCCAUUGUGGACUCGUACGAAGCGACGUUCACCAGUCCCGCCCCAGGGUUCUGGACGGAAAUGAUUCAAAUGUUUGGGUUUAAGCGGCAGCAGGCAGAGCAAGUUGAUGCUUGA